GUCGUGGCGAAACAACCCCCUUUACAGGCGACGACACGCUGCCCCCGCGCUCCUGGAGGCAGCGAGCGUCUCUUGCACCCCGUCGAAAAGAGAGGCUAUCCGUGCUGCUCCAGGCUCCCUCCGGCGGGGGGCAUGUGCGGCGGGAGUCAACCGGAGCGGUAGUGGCCUUGGUCAGGAGCGGGCCGCCGCGGUCCUGGGCGCGCAGGUCAGCCGGCCGCGGACCUGGACAAGCCCCGUCAUGGUGAGCUGCCGGGUCGGCCCGGCCCAGCCCCGAGGGUACGUCACCGCGAUAGUCGAGUGACCUACUUAACAUUUUCCGGUUGCGGGGGGCGGUAGCCGGCGGGCGCAGUGUUUGUGUCGUUUGUGUGUCGUUACGUCAUGUGCAUCGUAUCUGGGGAAGCAGCCCGCGUUGUGCUUCUCUCAGCUCGUUUGCGGAUGCCCUCGUAUCUAAACGGGUCCGUGAUAUUGAUUCACGAGACGCGAGUGAGACGGCCAGCUGCGGAUGGUGUGCUAGGCCCCCGCGGGGUACUGUGGGGCCCGGGCCCCGUCCCUCCGCGCCUCGCCGCGCCGGCAAGCGAAAGGGGCCGCCCCUGUGGGUCCCAGCCGCCCCGCCGCGCCCCGGCCCGCCCCGGCCCGCCCCAGGCCCGCGCCCCGCCUCGACACCGCGUCCACUAGCUCCUGUUCCGUCUCAGAACCGAAAGUGAGCGCGCCGCGUCGCGUCGCCUGGCGUCUGCGGAUCUGCGUUCGUCCGAUCGCGGGUGGAAGCACGGGAGCGUCCAGCCCUAUCGUGUCUUUGCCGUGUCCUGCCGUGCCCGGCCCUGCCCGGCCCUGCUCUGCCGUGGCCUGGCGUGCCCUGCCCCGCUGUGCCCUACCCUGCCCCGCCGUGCCCUACCCUGCCCAGCCCUUCGCCCGCGCCCCUACCCGCUCGGGCCGCUGGCGCUCGCUCCGCUCAGUUGGGGGUCGCGCCCGUUCCGGUCCGGCGAGUCCCUCUUUCCUCGCUCGCGGGUCCAACUCGGUGCAUCGCCAAGAAGUGGAGCCCCGUGCACGGGUAUGGUUGUGCAACGGGCCCCGUAAUUAUAGACAAGGGUAGCGGUGGCCGUGCCGCACCGCGUCGCGCGCCCUCCCCGCGCCAAGCGUUUGGAGCGCGUAGGUGGCUCCCGAAACAAGAUGGCGGCCGCCGCGACCCCCGCGCCCGACGCUCGGGCCUGACGACUGCAACGUCCUGCUCGCGGCCAGUGCCGCCCCGCUGCGAGGACGGCGUCCAGGACGGCGUCCAGGGCGUCGGUGCUCGUCAUGACGCCCGGGCCGGGACAGGGCGUCAUCCUGCCCGUGCCCCGGGACCACCGGGAUGCCGUCGUGCAAACGAGAAUUGAGGCCGUGAAGCCAUGGCGCGGGCUUAACGCGGGGUCCCCCGAGGCGACCCUGAGCGACAGCGACCAGCUCAUGGCGCACAUCGCCGUGGGGAGCUCGGAGAGCCCCCGGCAGAGUCCGUCGCAGAGCCCGCCACAGAGUCCGUCGCAGAGCCCGCCCCAGAGCCCGCCGCAGAGCCCUCGACAGAGCCCCAGCGCCCUCCGGCAGGACGCUGGCAUGGAUGAAGGCGGCGGCGGGCGCGCGGGUACCCCCGACUGGGAUCCGGCGACCCUGCGCGAGGAGGACUUUGAGGAGCAGGUCGUGUACCACGUGCCGGACCAGCCCUGCGACGCGCAGCCCUGCGACGGGCCAGCCGCCCUCCCCCGGGCGCAGGCCUCCCUGCCCAGGAACCUCGUCCUAAAGCCGUCGCAGGCGCUAAGCGACGUGCUCGGAGUUUGGAGUACGGGAUACAUUCCGAGAGGAACCCGAUUCGGGCCUCUUGUAGGAGACAUUUAUGCCAAAGAUGCUGUACCGGCGACAGCGAACAGAAAAUACUUUUGGAGGGUGCAAAUCAAAGAAGAGCCCAGGAACUGGCGAAUCCGCAAGAUAUACAAGGAGGAUGAGCUGUUUUACUACAUCGAUGGGUACGACGUCAACAAGUCCAACUGGAUGCGGUUUGUCAACCCAGCCUAUUCCUCUGCCUCACAGAACCUGAUAGCCUGUCAGUACAAGAUGAAUAUUUACUUCUAUACCAUCCGGCCGAUCCUGCCGAACCAGGAGCUGCUCGUGUGGUACUGCCGCGAGUUCGCUCAGCGGUUGAACUACCCUUUGACGGGAGAGCUGAUGCUGCAGAGGAUACGGGAGCAGGUCCAGCAAACGACGGCCACGCCCUCGCCACCCGCCCCUGCCUUGCCAGCGACGACGUGCAGCGCCCCGGCCGCCCCCGUCCCGGUCCCCACCGAGGUGGGUGCCGUGUCCACGACCACGCACACGUCGUCCUCGGCGGCCAGCAGCGCGAGUCCGCAGUCGGUGGCGUCCUCCCCGUCGACGGCGGGCGAGGCUUCCCCGCACAAGGAGCGCGACGCGCACGCGGACCGGGGCUACGACGCGGCGCAGCAGGAGGGCUCGGUGCGUUCGGACGAGGGCUACCACUCUAACGGCUACCACGAUGAGGUGCUGACUCCCCCCGAGGACUCGAGUGACUCCGACUCGGAAAACAACUAUGUCCUGGACUUCAGCAAAAAGCAUGAGCGGACGCACGACAGGGCGCACCACCAUGCCAAACCAGAGUCAUCUGUACGUGGGCCGCGAGGCAUGCUCGGCCAGGAGCCACGAAGCAACGAGUUCAGGAAGGUCAAGAUCAAGAUGACCAAGGCGUACCACUACAAGGCGAGGGAGGGCGACAGCGGCAGUGACCGGGACGCGCAAGAGUCGCCCCGCCCCCUCGGCAGUGCGCUCGCUCACUCGCCUUCGGCCAGCCCAGGUCCCCGGCCCGAGUCGCCGAUGGUGGUUGAGGAGCACCCCGUCAAAGCUCAUUCGCCACAGCGCUCGUGCUCGCCGGCCACCUCUACCACCUCGCCGUCCAAGCCUCACUACGAAGACGACGUGUCCGUGCCGCGGCAGUCGUCGUCGAUCCUGGAAAACAUUCUGUUGCGGAGUCGAGAGCGCGACAGAGAGCGCGAGCAACGGGGCCAGCGAGAGAAGGACAGAGAGGCGUCGGCCGGCGACCAGAACAACAACAAGGAGCUUCCGAGGCACGCGACGCCGCCGCCCGUCUCCUCGUCACCCACCGAGAUGGCCUACUCGUACAAGAAGUCGCACCGCUAUGGGACGGUGCCGUGCAGCCCGGACUCGUCGUCGUCGGCGUCUCCAGCCUCGCUGCCGCCCCUGAUGCCGCUGCCCCCGCUGAUGCAGGUGCACGCGCUGCACGCCCUCAGGAGGUCGCCGCACACUCCCCCGCUCUCCCCGUCCGCCGUGCCGUCCUACUCGGACCUGAGGUCGGACUUGAGGUCGGACCUGAGGUCGGAGAUGGCCUACCCGUCGCAGAGCUCGCAGGGCCCCCACAGCCCGGCACACAGCCCGUCGCACAGUCCGGCGCACAGCCAAGGGCAGGGGCCGUACUCGCCGCCCUACCACUACCUGCCCUACGGCACGUCCCCUCACCCGGGGCUGCCCCCGCACCCCCAGCUGACCAACCUCAGGCCGCCCUCCCCGGCCGGCUCACUUUCGCCCGACGACGGCUCAUGCACCAGGUCGGGAUCGCCACUUAGUCCCAAUAGCCACAACUCACGCGGUUUCAGAUCGCUGCCCUACCCACUAAAGAAGAAGGACGGCAAGAUGCACUACGAAUGCAACGUGUGCUUCAAGACCUUCGGCCAGCUGUCCAACCUCAAGGUGCACCUCAGGACUCACUCUGGGGAGCGGCCGUUCCAGUGCAACGUCUGCACCAAGAGUUUCACCCAGCUCGCCCACCUGCAGAAACACCAUCUUGUGCACACAGGGGAGAAACCACAUCAGUGCGAUAUCUGCAACAAACGUUUCAGCUCAACCUCAAAUCUUAAAACCCACCUGAGAUUACACUCGGGUCAGAAACCUUACGCCUGUGAUCUGUGCCCCGCCAAAUUUACCCAGUUUGUCCAUCUCAAGCUGCACAAAAGACUGCACACCAAUGAGCGGCCGUAUACCUGUCAGGGCUGCAACAAGAAAUACAUCAGCGCUUCAGGCCUUCGGACUCACUGGAAGACGACGAGCUGCAGACCUCACAAUAUGGAGGAGGAGCUGGCACUCGCAGCCGCCGCGGGCUCACCGCCCGGCUACUACGAGUACGCAAGCUCCGACGCGAGUGUGGGGAGCGUCGAGAAGGAGACCCUGGACGUGGACUCGAGGGACUCGUUUGAGGCGCAGCACAUCUCUAUGCUGCCGCAGCUGCCGCAGCUGCCGCCGCAGCAGCACCAGUCGCCGUCCUCCUCCCAGCCACCGCUGCCACCCCCGCAGCACCACCAGCCUCCCCAGCACCCGCAUCCUCCCCCGCCACACCACCCCCAUCACCUCCCCUCCCACCACCAGCUGAUGCAACUCCACCAGAGCCAUCAGCCUCCUCAUCCGCCGCACCACCCGCACCACCCUGCGCUGCAGCAGCAGCAGCAGCAGCACCUGAGUGCGCCGCCGCCUGGUCCGCCGUCUCACCAGGGUCAUCAGGUGCACCUUAGCCACCAGGGCCACCAGGCCCAUGGUACCCAUCACCACCUGCCCCAAGUGGUACCCCAGCACCUACCAGGCAGCCAUGUGUCUCCCUUGGCGACCCAUGGCCUGAGUCAUGGCCUGGGCCACAGCCACGGCCAUCCUGCCCACAAUGGACAUAGCAUGAACAGCUCAGAUGCGCCCAGGCCGUCGGUUAUAGAAAGCUCUCAGCCUCACAUCAUUGAGUGUACUUAAUUUGUUACGUACAAAAAUUAUAUAUUGCCGCUUUGUUUUGUUUUUUCUUGUUCUUUUUCAAAAUGAAGUUUGGCCCUGUUUUUUUUUAAAGUAGAGUAUAUUUAAUGAAAAAAAAGAAGUGUGAUAUUGAGAGUGUGUUAGGGGCGGCCGGUGGCUGUAAAAGUUGUAAAUUGUGCUAGUGACUGGACUGCUCCCUACACACGACAGUUUUAGUCAUUAUUCCUGUCCUAUUUUUUGUGCUCUGUGUUGUUGAUUUAUUGUUGUUAUGUUAUUAAUUAGAUGAGAAAGACAUUAUUGCGUGCAAUAAAUUAAUUUUCAUCUGCGCCCAGGCUUCUGUGAAAUAUGUGCUGAAAAUUAAAUACUCAGUUGUAAGAGAAUGCUCUUUUACAGUGGAUCACAUAUUUGUGUUUCCAUUAUCUGAUACCAAUUUUUAUCUCGGUUUUCCUCCUUUUUGCAAGUAGAUCAUGUAUAUAAAUUCUGUCCUAAAUCGUUCAAAAAUUUUAUGACCAGCUAUUGGUCUCCUUUGUUCUCUGUCUCUGUACCAUACUACCUUAUUUUCAUGACUGAUGUUUCAAUCGCCUAUAGACAGAAUCAACUUGGUAUUAGGAUGCUCAUGUAAAUUGCAUAAUUCUUUCUUCUCUACUCAUUGUGUAGUUUGAUUUCAUUCAUCCCACUUCAUGCACAUAUGCUUGCAAUGUAUUGGUAAUUAGGUCAAAAUACAUUGUUGCAUUGCAGGAUCUUACCCUAUGCUGUAUAAAUGAAGUGUAAUACUUUUAAGAUUACAUUAGACUGGCCUCCGCUACAUUAUUCAUUCAUGAAAAUGUCAUGAUCUAUUCAUGUUGCUGUGUUAUUUCCUUGUAAUUAAUGUAGGUUACUUCAUCUACUUCUUAAUUCUCUGCUUUGCUUUCUAUUGUACGUGUAUGUCAUUUUUUAAGGCAGUGCAUCAACAUUCUUGUACCUAGUUGGUUUUCUUUUCAUAAGAACUGUAAAGUAACUUUUUCUAGAAAAGACAAAUUCAUAACAAUUCAUUUUAUUGAAACUUUCAUAAAUAUAUUUUUUUCAUGAAUUUUUGAGAUCUAUUUGGGAUUAUCCCGUUUAUAAAAUGUGUCUUCUAAAUGUAAAAUUUUUCUUAAUUAGCUGACUUUCCGUUUAUCCGUACAAACAGAGUAACAUGAGCAAUGUCUGACCAGUUUUGUUUUGCUCAUACCCAUGUUCCUGUUGUUUUUUACUGGUUCACAAGCAAUAGCCCAAAUUUAUUCCAUUUUCUGAAACCCGGACUGUUAAUUUUAAGGUCAUAUUUCUGAGAGCUUUAUAUUGUUGAUCUAUUGUCUUAAUUUCAUUAAUUCAAUAAGUUUCAUCCUAUGAAAUCGGUGUGCGGAGCUUUAAAUGCUUUUUAGUGCUGGAUUUCCUAUCUAUCAGGUGAAGUAGACCUCAUGUCAAUGCCAACUUGCCUUGUUUGUGAGUCACCCCAAUUAAUAUAAUGUAGUGAAACAAGAUCUUGCAAACAUGAGAGUAGUGCUACUACUCCCAUGAUACAGGGGUCCAAAUUAGGCAAUUAUGUUGACAACAGACUGAUGGGGUUUGUGUAAUUCCUGUGGACUUAUGUUCCUAAAACCAUGUCAAAGUGGAUGAUACUACACUAUUUGAUCUCAACCUUAUUGUUAUAUGGUGUGUGACAUGAAAUAAUCCCAGUUCAUUUUAUAUGAAACACUGUGAAUGUAGGAGUAGUAGAAUUUAUCUGAUUAAUAUAGUUAAGUGAGCUUUCAAUUUAUGUUCAAAAUUAGUUCAACUGUGGUGUAAGACUCGUAAUGUUCAAAAAGUGUUGAUGUGCAAAGGACUUUCUAUGUACAAAUAAGCCACUGGCCACAGAUCAAUUGUGCAUUGCUCAACCCGUAUUUCUUAUUUUUGUACCAAACAUGUUAGUCAAAAAAAUCUUUGACUAACAGAAUCCCUUAAUUGUUGCCUUGCAAAUGACUGGUUAUUGCUGAAUAAAACUAUUACCUGGCCUCUCAGGAGGAUAUCAAUUUGAGCCAUUCUUCAAUUGGCUGUUCAGCUCAGCUCUAUUCCUACAAAGUUUGAAAUCAGAUCUCUUGCUUCAAACUUGAGAUCAUUGAGUGUAUUAUUUUUUUUACAUAUUACAAUGAACUGAUUUUCCUGCCAGAUAAAAUGAUAAAUAAUGCAGUUAUGCAGGAUUACCAGACAUAAUCUUUCCUUUGCGGUAAUUGAUUUCAUAAAAAAAAAGAAUGAAGUAGCUUUAUAUAUUUUCUACUAUGUCUCUCAAGCUGGAUAAAAAGCCUAAAGCACAAACCAAAUUUAUGACGCCAGAAAUAUUAAAAAAAACUUUGUGGGACAUUAUUGACAGUGCCUUUACCAAUUUUUAAUUGUAGAAUUACCCUUAUGUAACUGAAACUGACUGUGUUAAAUUUCCUAACAUGAUUGAACUUUUGAAAAUUUUCUCGUUUUAUGAUUUUAUCUUACUAUCUGCAUUUGAAACAUAGAGCUCUGUAUUUAUGUAAGUUUUUAUUCCUUCUCAGAUCAGAUUACAAAACAUAUACUUAGAGUUCAUGCAAAACUGUAUUUAUUUUCAACUAUGAAUUUGUGAUGGUGCAAGCUAUUCCAUAAUUGUUAGGUAUUUUGGUCUUCCUAUAGAACGUUGUAUGCCCAUCACAACAGUCACAUACAUUGCUUAUGUGCUUCUAUUAUGAGUAUGUAUUAACAAUUGUGUUUGGUUUAUUCAAAAGUUUCACCUUAUUCUAAAAUUAUCCAUGCACAACACAUUCUUUUUCAUCAACAUACCAAGACUUUGGAUGGUGGCUCAUUUGUUGAAAUCUUGUCAACUCUUUUGUCAUGUUAGUAGUUCAUGAUUGUACUCUACAAUUUGUUAAAUCUUAUACAUCUCUCAUUAUUGAACAUAAACUAUUUCUGGAUAUUACUAUUUAUACCUAAACCUAAAAUGAUAAUCUUGCAAUGUAAAAUAGAUAUUGUGAUAGAUCUUUCUUUUGUUUUGUGCUGGCACAUAGGCUGAUUUGCUUUAAUUGCCUGCCAUUCCGAUAGAUGUUGACAUGCGUCAAAAAGCAAGAGGUCAGUUACUUACUGGGUAAGAGACAAGGUGAGAGAACUGCAUCUUCUGACAAAGUCUCAAAAUCCCGUAUUUUUGGCUCAACUUCGACCACUUGUUUUUGUUCCAAUGUCGAUGUUUGUGUAAAUAGCUUUAGAUUAGUAAUUUGAAAAGCUGUGUGGUAAAUAUAAAUAUAUAUAUAUACAUAUAUUUUUUGUUUGUAUAUGAAAUGUAUGAAAGAUGGCACUACCUUUGCUGUGCUCGCCCACAGACCCAUGACUGAAAGCCAUAACAAAUUCAAAUAUGAAUGAAUAAACAGUUCAAAAUAA